AAUCGCAUUCCCGCUGACUAAACUAUCUCUCCUAUGUCUGUCAGGCAAUGAAUUAGUUCCAUGCUGGGGGGUUUUUGGGGGGUUUUUUUUCCAUACUUUCAUCUUCCCAGAAUAUCUCCAACUCUCUCUUACCCUUUACAUCAACCUUUCCGUCUCUCCACUUCACCCGUUUUCACCAUAUCAACUUUAUUAAAAAUAUUGUUUUGUUUUGUUUUGUAAAAAUUUUUUAGUUUUGUUUUGUUUUGUUUUUCUUUCUUCCUUGUGUUAAUGUUGCUGUACUUCUUCCUCCUCCGGCUGGUAUAUGGGCGUAAAACAUGAUUUAGUUGCGUUACUGUGUGAAAUCAGCCGUUUCUUGUUUUUAAUGAAGAUAGAUAGAUAGAGACAGCCACGAGUAAACAAAUAGAGAGACAAUCAAAGAAAGGAAUCAAAAAGAGCGAAGUCUGCUACUGUUGCUGCUACUACUGCUGGUAUUGGGAGAAAGGGAGAGAGAACCAGUUGAAGUUGCGACUGAAAGCUGAAGAUUUUUCAACAGAACAUCCAGUUGGUUUAGAAUGCAAUCACGAAAGAGUUGGCAGACUGAGCGAAGCCGGCCGGCCGGUUUAUUUUUUUCUCCGUAAGGGAAGCCUGCCAGCUCGCCUAGCCUAGUCUAAGCUAGAUUCUUUACCUGUUUGUUGCCAUUCCAUUCUUCCUGCCCGAGUCUCUAGCUUUACUUUUUACUAUCCUCUUUUUUAUCUUCCUCUCAUUUUAACUUUCAUUCUGACAUUUUAGAAGAAAGAAAUGGGAGAAUAAAUAGGGAUUCUCUUCUGCAGCAGCACUACUUACUGCUUUACUGCCUUCAUCGUCACAGCACCCAAUAUUCUCACCAUACAGAUUCCACCGCCUCCACCAUCCCUUUCCUCUUUAGUCGGGUGAUCUCUCAACUUACUUUCUCUCUCUCCCUUUCCCUAUUUAUUCUGUUUGCCAGUGAUCAUCACAUAAUGGAUUGGGUUCCAUUUUUACUUGACGGCACUCGAUAAUUUUGAUCUCGUUUGUGAACACUUUCUUCUCGUUGAAACUAUGAAAAAACAGCAGUGCUCUGUAGGAUUCAGUCGGACUAAAACCUGAAGGGAUUUUUUGGUUGAGAAAAAACAAAAAAAAAAACAGGGUGAAGAAGAAAAAUCCGAGACAGCUAAACAGUAUAUAUUUAUAUUUAUAAAUAUAUAUACCAGCUUCUUUACACGACUUGAUUCUGGUAUUUAGAAGAAACACAAAUCCUUUUGCUCGAGUUUCAUAAGAGAGGUAAACAUGCCAUUGGAGAAUAAACCCCUUCCAAAGGAACCUGACAGUAAAGAAGAGAAGAAGAAGAUGAAAGUUCCAAAAGGCAACAAGAUAGCCAAAAUCAAGGAAAAUGAAAAACCAGUUAUAUCACACCCCUCGAACUUCGAGCACACCGUUCAUGUCGGCUUCGACCCUCACACAGGAGAAUUUACUGGCAUGCCAGAGUCAUGGGCGAAGUUAUUACAAAACUCCAAUAUAUCUAAACUGGAACAGAAGAAAAACCCACAGGCUGUUCUUGAUGUACUUAACUACUACGAUAACUCUACAAAAGAGAAAAAAGAAUCCAAAUAUAUGCAUAUUAAACAGUCUAGUAGUACAUCCUCAGGUUCAAGCUCAAGCUCUGUUCGACCAAGCUUCUCAGACAAAUUUGGAACCACUCUUGUGAUAUGUCCUAAAACUGAAAACUCAGCUCCCACUACUCCUGAGGAGGAGGAAGAAGAAGAGGAAGAGGUACCCCCUCCAAUUACUACCAGACCUGAUAAAACAAAAUCUAUUUAUACUAAACCAAUUGAGCCUGAAGACAAGACCAAUGGUGCUACACAAGGUGGUCAGAAGGAGAAGCCGAAAAAGAAGAAGAUGAGUGAUGAAGAAAUUGUAGAAAAACUGCGGACCAUAGUAACUAUAGGAGACCCAAAUAGGAAAUAUACAAAAAUGGAAAAAAUUGGUCAAGGUGCGUCAGGAACUGUUUUUAUUGCUAUAGAAAUUGCAACUGGUCGGGAAGUUGCUAUUAAAACAAUGAAUCUUUCUCAGCAGCCGAAAAAAGAACUUAUUAUCAAUGAAAUCCUCGUCAUGAGGGAAAACCAAAAUCCAAAUAUUGUAAACUAUUUGGAUAGUUAUUUGGUUGGUGAAGAGUUGUGGGUGGUGAUGGAAUAUCUUGCUGGAGGUUCAUUAACAGACGUUGUCACAGAAACCUGUAUGGACGAAGGUCAAAUAGCAGCUGUCGGACGAGAGUGUUUGCAAGCCUUAGAAUUUUUACACGAAAACCAAGUGAUUCAUAGGGAUAUAAAAAGUGAUAAUAUACUUCUUGGCAUGGAUGGUAGUGUGAAGUUAACUGACUUUGGCUUUUGUGCCCAGUUAUCUCCAGAACAAAGUAAAAGGUCUACUAUGGUCGGGACCCCAUAUUGGAUGGCCCCUGAGGUGGUUACACGAAAACAAUAUGGUCCAAAAGUUGAUAUUUGGAGUUUAGGGAUAAUGGCUAUUGAAAUGAUUGAAGGAGAACCACCUUAUUUGAAUGAAAAUCCUUUAAGAGCACUGUACUUAAUAGCAACAAAUGGUAAACCAGAAAUCAAAGAGAAACACAAGUUGUCACCGGUCUUCCAGGAUUUCUUGGACAAAUGUUUGGAGGUUGAUGUUGAUAAACGAGCAUCAGCAUCAGAAUUACUUAAGCAUUCUUUCCUCCGUCUAGCCAAACCACUGGCUAGUCUAGUGCCACUAAUAUUGGCUGCAAAAGAAGCACAGAAAACACAUUGAGAGAACUUGUUAUAAAUUAUGGAAUUACAAUCCAGUGACAUGACAGUGAAGGAAAUAUAACAGAAGACAUAGUAUGAUAAAGUGCGUACCUUUGCUGUGUGCUUGGUUGUUGUGUUCUGGCCACUCCACGGGACUGUUUUACUCCCCUCCUUAACACAUCACACAUACAGCAACACAAAGUAUGGAGAGGUGUUCCCUUCAAAUGGAACAUCUUAGCCACAUCCACAACAUAUAUGCUGGUAUUUGCUUUUGUUCCCUUCCAGUGGAAAGAAGAAUACAUACACACACAUUUUGAACACCUACAUAGAUGGCAUUUACAUACACACACACAUACAAUAAACAAUAAUUAUAUAGUGCUACUUCACAUUUCUAUCUCUUCUUCAUCACCUCAUAACAGACACACUCACAUACAUACUUUUGAGAGGAGUUAAAAAUAUUUUUCCUAUACAGUAAACUGAAUGAUUGUGACAGCAACUCCAGUUUCAUGCUCCAGGGAAGAUAUUUGAUUUGGUUUGGGUUGCACUAGAGCCUCCUCACCUACUUCAAAAUCUGAGUUAUCGCCCCUGUCACAAUAUUUUCACUUACUCACAGAUACUGAGUUUUGUGAUUUUUCUUAAAAUUACCACCAGCCAUUUUGUGGUAUGCACUGAGAUAAGCUGAUGAUUGAAGGUAAGCAGACUCUAGUUUAACCCAAACCAAGUCAAAUUUAUUUCACUUGAACAUGAAACUUAAGUUGUUUUCAGAACUCACACACAUACACACAUUACAUAUUUAUCAUACAUACAUUAUAUAUACAUUAGUAUAGUAGUUUUCUUCUAUCUUACUCCUCUGUUUUAUUUCUAUGUCAUUUUUAUAUUUAGUUGUUCAUUUUUUAUUCUUGUCACAAACUCAAAUCAAUUUUAGCAGAUAACAAAGUCACAUCUGCUGGUCAUCUUAAAGAGAUGUUCUUCUGAUCAUGAAAUUUGAAAUCAUCUUCACUGACUAGAUACCAGGUCUAAGAUAGUUUUCUUUAUUUGUUUUCUUUUUAUUUACACUGCCAGGGUAAUUUUUUUAUUUUUUUAAUUUCACUAUUACAAUUAUAAUAUUCCUCUCGUGAUUUCCACUCGAAGAAACGAACAGUCUCAAAAUAAAACAAUUUAGUGAUGCUAAAAUUUAUUUAAAAUACAAACGACACGAUAAUGUGGAUAGAGACUGUGUUUUUUUUUUGUUUUUUUUUAAAUCUGCUUUGAAUUUGUAGGUUGUGUCUGGCCAAAAUAUUGUGUGAAAUUGUCCUACUUAUAACCUUGAUGAUGAUGAUGAUGAUGAUAACGACGACGACAAUGAAGUAUAAUCUUUUUUUCCUGUCCCCCACCACCUCCCUUCUUUGGAAUCGUAUUCACAUAAACAGUGAAAUUGUUGUAUUUCAGUAUACAUCAAUCAACGCCAUCAACUGAAAUGUAAGAGUUGAGUGGUGGUGAGGGAGAGGGUCAUACAAUCUCACUUUCUGGUAGGGAACUUGGUGGGCGUUUCUGUACGAAAGUAAAUCAAAAUUUUGUAAUAUUCCUUUGUUUUGCAGGGAACAAAGCAUUAUUACCAAGACUGUCCAUAAAUCUCUUGAAAAAUGAUAUAAAUAAGCUCCAAAGAUAGCUCAAUUAUCCAUGAUUGAAAAAUUACCAAAAUUGUUAUUUUCUGUGUACAGUGCAAUGGACUCCAUUAAGAAACAAAAAGAUAAUUGAACAGUUUAUUGGAAUCAAGCUUUCAGAAUAAAAGUAGAAGCUUGGUGCAGUGAUCUGAGAUCUCAAACAUUUUAACAAUAAAAAGAAAACAGAAAAAAAUGGGGAGGUCAUGGUUUUAACCUGAUGACAAUAAAAACUAUUAACGUUCUAAAUAGUGUUCAGAAACGCCACUAAGUUCUUAAAUAAUUGGGGUAUUUUUUUCUGCUCUCUUAUAAACUGAAUCAAUUACCAAAACCUCAGACAUAAUCCAGUUUCACCUAACCUAAUUUUCUGACCCCUAAUAUAUCUCGCUGUAAUAUGUUGCUCUGCUCUGCCCUUAAAUGUUUGGGCUAUAGCCAAAAAGAAACAACAACCCCAAAAGCACAAUAAAACAGUCCUUUUUGUGUAGAAGGGUUGACCUAAAUUACAAUAUUACAAGCAAGAAUCUUCUCUUAUUUUGAAUGAUACUUUAAUUUAAAUUUGUUUUCUUUGGUUACCCCCCCCCAUCCCUGACCCUAAGUAGUGCACCUUUUAGUUCAACCUUGUAUAACCUGUCUAUACUUGCUGAUGUUGCUAUAGCAACCACCUGCCCUGUACAAAGAUGCUUUGCACCUCUUGUUUUUUUUACCUCCUCUUUGAUGUCAUGAACAACCCCAUCCCUAAAAACCUUAGCUGUAGAAACCUACCGAUUGCUCCAGCUUGCCUGUCACAUGUUACCAACACAAACACUACCAGUUUCUCUCACAGUAUUUGCCAACAUGUUCAUUUGUUAUUAAUCACUUUAGGUGUGAGUAUUGGCUUAAUUAAGAUGGCAGUGGUAACAGUGUUGGUCUAUAUUCAACUAUUACUUUGUUUCUACACUUCCAUGUAGCUCAGAAACAUAUUGUGUGUGUAUAAUACAUUGCGAGUGAGUAUUGUAUGUGUACAGCCACGUGUGAAUUGUAUGCAGUUGUAACUUUGAUCAUGAUUUAAAAUGCUUACACCUUUUUACACACACACACACACACACAAACACAGUCACUUCAUCUUCGUUUUUUUUCCUAACACUCACCAUCCUGUUAAAUAAUCAUUUCAGAAAUUGUAUCAUGGCCUUUUUUUUUUUUUUAUAAGAAUUUUUUUCUAUUAAACAUUUACUGUGAUUCGCUUUCCUUUUGUCAAUGAACUGGUCUUAGAUUUUUGUUGGCUUCCUUCUGUUUUUUAAGAUGAGAAAGCAUUCUCUCCCUUGCUCCCACUGUUUAUGCCUGAAACCACUGGAGCCAGAAUGUAACAUCAGCUAUUAUUAUUUAAAACUGAUUAUUUCUCAAAAGAAUCAGAUGCUGCUAGUCCCUUAAAAUUAUUGGGACUACUUCGCACAAGUUGCUUAAUUUUCUCUCCUCUACUCCCCAAACUUCUGUCAACAAUUCCUUACUUUCAUUCUGCCAUUUAUUGUCACAGCUGUGCCAUUACCAGUAUGCUGGCUUUAUCAGUCACCUGAGCUGUGUUUUAUUUAAUAGAAAUACAUCGACGUUCACAUCUUAAUGAUCCUGUUAAGGUAUAUUUUAGCUUGCUUUAAUAUCACUUCAUAUAUUGUUUUUGUGUUCGUAUUGUUGGACUUAUUCUUGAUAAUACUUGCCUCAAAAGUUGUUUGUUUUAUAUUAUGAUGUGUGUGUGUGUUUUGUUAUAUAAAUGGGAGAAAAAGUACUCCACUAAUUUAAUCCAGUUUAUUUAUUCAUUUGAAGCUUUUGAUUCACUGUGGCACUAUUCUAAGCUUUUUCACAUGUAUGCAGCAGUCAUUUUAUGUGUGUCUCUGUAUGUGUGUGUGUGUAUAUAUAUAUAUAUAUAUAUAUAUAUAUAUAUAUAUACAUACAUACAUACAUAUAUAUUUAUAUAUAUAUGCGUGUGUGUGUGUGUAUGUAUUGAGGUCAACAUUUUCUUAGGUUUUAGCAAAUGUCAUUUUGAAGGAUAUAUUCUACUAAAUUUAAUACACUUUUUUUUGCCAACUUCUCAGUUUAGGUAUUAUAUAUUUAAAAGAUUAAUUAGAGAGUGGUUGGUUAAAGCUCAGUUUAAUUGCUUCUGUUAUUAUCACCACUACUUGGAGUAUCGUGACUUUAAACCUUAUAGUUGCAGUCAUUUUAUUGUUAUUCUGAGCAAACUCCAUAACUGUGUCUAGUUGACUAAUCUGCAGUGUUCUUAUGUUUGGAAGUUGGCAGUCAUAGGAACAUUCAACUGCAACAGAACAAACCUACUUGGUGUCAGUAAUGCCCAUCCCAGCCAUGCUAACUUAUGAAAAUAAUUGUCAAAAGAUGAGAAAAUAAAAUCUUUAGAAAUAUUAGAGGUUGUUAAGAUAGCUUCAUUUCUGUAUAACUUCUUCAUUCAAAGAAGAUUGAAUAAGCAUGUGUUCUGGGACAAGAUUAAAUCUACUCCUUUAAUAGUUGAAUGUCACUCGUUAUAUCAUCCUCUGGUGUAAUUAUAAACUUAGACGUUUUAGACAUAUUAAAAUUCCUUCUCCAUCACCUGAUUUUUCUUUUACUCCUUAUCAGACAAAAUGCCUUGCAGUGUUUCUUCUCGCUCUUUACAUUCUGAGUUCAAAUCCUCCCGAGGUCAACUUUGCCUUUCAUCCUUCCAAGGUUGAUAAAAUAAAGUACCACUCAAGUCCGAGGGUUGAUGGUGUUGUCUAACUCCCUUCCGCCUAAUUUUUGUGCCUAUGUAAAAAACAUCAUUAUUUCUUCUGCAGCUUUUUCACAGAACAGUUGGGCAAAUGGUUGCAGGAUGUUUUCAUCUUUUUUUUAAUCCCUUCAUCUAGGUUGUUGGUUGGGUUUUUUGGGGGGGGCGGUAUGCUUUAUUGGUUAGUCUGAAGAAGAUGUGAGUCAGUACCCCAAGAGGGAAGGAGGGAAUAGAGUAAACUGAUUGAUUGCGGUGUGAGGUUUGUACAUAAAAGCAACAUAGGAUGUGGCGGGGGGGGGGGGGGGCUGUCUAUGCACCCUUAACCCCCCCCCUCCGUCACCAAUCCAUCUAUGUUGUGUGAAUCUGCUGUAUAGUAUUGGUCACUUCUUUCUAGUUAUGUGGCUGUGUGUUUUGUCAAUCUGUCUGUGAGAGAGAGAGAGAGAGAGGUCUAAUGUUGGCAUGUUUGUUUAAACAAAUGUUUACUACACUCGGUGCAAAUCUAGUUGUUAUUAUUUUACUAGUUUGUGUGGAGGGGUGGUGGGAGUUAUAAUAACCCCCACCUCCCUGCUCAUUUAUCAUUCCCUCGAAAAAAAGAUAUGAAACAAACCUAUUUUAGGUGAAAAAGUGAACGAUACAAAAAAAAUAUAUCAUUUAAGCUUGUUCUUCUCCUCCCAAUCCCCGAUCAUUGUUUGGCAAGUAUUGAAACCUAACCUUCCAGUUUAUAAGUUGUGAUGCAGUAUGCCUGGUCUUUUUUUUUUUUGUCUUAAGUGGGAGGGGGGAGAAAACGUUUUUUUUUUAUUUUUAUUUUGCAAAAUUUUUUUUUUGUAUUCUAUGUAAAGAAAAAAAUAUAAAAUGAAUAAAAAAAAAAUAAUAUUCAAAAAUGUUUUUAAAUUGGAAAAAAAUUACAAAUGAAGACUUUAAACAAACUGAAAUCUAAAUAAAAUAUAAACACCAUCA